CGCCGUGGCCAUUCACAAACGCGGACCUAAUUAAGAUCGACCCGAGGUUCGCGGGAAGCAAUCGUUGAACGGUUUCGGUCGAAUCGAAGCGACUUUGUCAUCUUCUCGUUUCGAAAGAGAGCGCACGCGUUUCCUGCGCCUCGAUUCGCCAAUUUUUGGACGGCGAGCGUUUUUCGGCAUCUGUGGCAGCCCCACGGCUGCAUCAAAUCUUUCGCCGGUUUGACGAUGCUGGCCGAAGCCGGGCACGAGGUUUGCAAGCGCUGCAACAGCACUUAUAUGGUAUCGAAGAGGUCGCCGAGGAUGAACUCCCAGUACCUCUACCAUCCUAGUCACCCGCUUUCGGCUUUCUUCGAGCUGUCCUCCCUGCCGGAGGAAGAGCACGCCGAGGACCAGGUGCUGAGGCAGGUCGGCCAGCAGCCGUUGGACAGAGGCAAAAAGAACUUGCUACCUGAGUACCGUGACCUUUGCGAGAUAAUCACUAAAAGAGUGCAGCUAGACGACUUGGAAUACGAGUAUCAGCCGCCGCAAUACUACGAAGUCUAUUGUAAGAAUUACCCUUUCGUUGGCAAUGAUCAAGCCGCGGUCAAAUCGAAGCAGGAAUGCGUAAAUCCGGGCUUUCACUGCGUGCAGAGGAGCAAGACCUUGUUCUUGGUGAGGCGACGUUGGGACAGCGAGUGCUGGGAGCCUUAUUCUAAGGAAAUCGCCAGCGGUUGCGACUGCAUGUGGCCGGUGUCCGCCCUCGGAGACAUUGCUGUUCACUAUUAAGUGUCCGGACAGCCAUUAUGACGCGACGCCGAGCGGAAAACAAUAAAUGAUAAAGACUUAUUUGCCGUGGUUUAUUGGAAAAUAUCGUCAUAUAAAAUUUCUCUCACGAGCAA